GCUGAACCUUAGACUCGGCUAAAGAGCUUCAGGCGCCAUGACGACGGGACGCGGAGCGCCUGAUAUCAGAGAAAGCAUAUUGUGGACUCAGAGGAUAGAAAAAGAGGACAAGGUGAACGCCACGUCAAUGGCUGCUUUCUCCCUUCGUGCUGCAGUGAGUGUUGAAGACGUUCCUGCAAAGUUCAAACCCGGACAUGUGAAUCCCGCGGGUGGUCUUAGCAAGGAGAAGGGAUUCGAUCCUGCAAAGCAUGGAUGGGAUCCUGAUGGUCCUGAAGCCCGAGAAUUUCGUAGGUGUAUAGCGAUGCAGUCAGCUGGCUCUCGACAACGUUAUCCUUAUCCGGAGACAUCGUACCAAGAACACGGUUGGCUCUUGCUGCCUCCAGGAGAUGCAGUGGCACGAACCUUCAAGAAGAAACUGCGCCGUGGUAUCGGCUGGGAGUGGAAAGAUCCUUGUGAUUGGAGUGAAAGCAACCCAGCGGCUCCCAUCAUUCCAAAGGAAGCUCCAGAAGGUGCGGAAGCGACAUCAUGCGUUUCUGCCGCACCUCCAUCAGUUCUCUCAGUCUUAACUUCCAUCCCAGAGAGCCAAAUCUUGGCAUUACAGAAUGGCAGUGGUGUCAAGACCAAAGCGGCCCAAGUGGCGGCCACAGCGGCACCGGCCAAAAAGCCUUCCAUCCUCUCGGCCUCGGCACCGAACAUUUUGGCACCCAGAUUUGGCAUUCCCAGCUCGGCCUCAGAGCUCAGUGCCUCCACUGUGUCGAAGGCCAGCUCAACCGAUGCAAUCCUCGAUCCGGCUGAAAGACUCCGAAGGCGAGAGGUCAAGCUUGCGGAGCGUCUGAAAGAUGCCUGGGCCUACCAAAAUGGAGGCUGCAAAGGACAGAAGUGGUACCAUCCCUUGGGACAGACAGAUGCGACACGCUUUGCCGAUGAGUUUACUAAGGCUACAGGAGGAGUUCCUUUGUACAAAAUGGGCAAGAUCUGAGCAGAAUUGAGCACUGACUCUUGUCUUACCAUCAGCCUGAUUUGUGGACAAAAUACUCAGUA